UGCCAUUCCUACUCCAAGACAUAGCAGAACCUCCGAGGUGAAUUGUUUAUGUUCUUUCUCAGCAUUCCUCGACUUUCUUGUCUUGUGCAACUUACAUUAUAACUCUCUGCAACUGCUACAGUCAUUAGAUAUGUUAAUUGGAUUAUGCGGAGGUAUAUGCUCUGGGAAGCAUGCGGUUGCCGAGUAUCUAAUCCAGGAGGAAGGUUUUCAACUACUUGAAUUGAAAAGUAGGAAGGAAACUAGAAUACUGGAGGAGUCUGGAGGACUUUGUCAGUUACAGCCGUCAGACUUAUCCCACAAGGAAAGUAGCUCUUCUUCAACAGGAUUUCUAUUUGAGGAUGCGGAAGCUCUCUUAAACUUUGUAACGAAAAGGUGGCAAGGACUAUGGGUCACGACGGACAUAUGGGAUUCGGCAGUAAUGGAUCGUUUCCUGCAACGUCCCUUUUUCCUCUUAGUGAGCAUCGAUGCACCAGUGAGUCUUCGAUGGAGACGAUUUGUGGAUAGGCGUCGAAAGAUGCAGCUAUUGCCUCCUCCCCUUGAGGAAUUUGUGCUUUGGAGUGAUAAACACCUAUAUGACAAGAAUAUUGGACGCGUCUAUCUCACCGACAGGGCACAAGUUAGGCUUUUCAAUUCCUCUUCAUCCUUGCAGGAAUUGCAUAAAGCUCUCAAAGCGAUCAACUUGGCCGACGAGAAAAGGUUACGCCCACAUUGGGAUCAUUAUUUCAUGGAGCUAGCAUCUCUCGCUGCCCAACGCAGUAAUUGCAUGAAAAGAAGGGUUGGUUGUGUGCUUGUUCGAGAGCGUCGCGUUAUAAGCACAGGUUACAACGGGACUCCACGGCACCUGACAAACUGCAACGAAGGUGGAUGCCCACGAUGUAACAGUGGGGAGGGAGGGGGCAGAGGAUUAUCUACUUGUCUUUGCUUACACGCAGAAGAGAAUGCACUGCUGGAAGCUGGAAGAGAGCGCAUCAGGGAAGGCACAAUACUAUAUUGCGAUACCUGCCCUUGCUUGACCUGCACAGUUAAGAUAGCUCAAGUGGGGAUCUCUGAGGUUGUCUACUCGCAGGGAUACAAUAUGGACAAUGAUAGCGCCGCAAUUCUACGAGAAGCUAAUGUGAGGCUAAGGCAGUUUUCACCGCCCCGCAAUGGUUUGAUAUACUUGGAAGAGUCCGACAAUACUGCCUAAGUUUCACGUGCCAGAGUCCGCGCUGCACACUGCACUUCUACAGUCCACAUGUGUUGAUGAUGUGAACUCGUCAUGUUAUUCAGAAUGCUGAUAGCUUCGUAUGACAUUCAAGUGAAACAAUCAAGAACAUGUAGCCCGGUCAUGCAAUUGCGCCACGGACCCCUUUGAUAAGGUCAAGUCGAAGUGGUAUUCCAGCUCCGGCGAGCGGUCACCUCUAAGGCAAAUCGCACUUGAUACUACUAAGCAUAGAGUGGGAAGAAGUCGUCAAAUGGGCUAUGGUUGGGUCGCGGUGAUCCCUGGCUGUCUAAGCACAUUGAAGAAGUGGUAGUUAAACGCCCGUAGUGCCAGC